GACUUAUGUGAGACCUCGGUACCAGGUAAUGAGUGAGGCAUUGACUUAUAUGAGACCUCGGUACCAGGUAAUGAGUGAGGCAUUGACUUAUGUGAGACCCGGGUACCAGGUAAUGAGUGAGGCAUUGACUUAUGUGAGACCCGGGUACCAGGUUUUGAGUGAGGAAUUGACUUAUUGGGACCCGGGUACCAGGUAAUGAGUGAGGCAUUGACUUAUAUGAGACCCAAGUACCAGGUAAUGAGUGAGGCAUUGACUUAUGUGAGACCCGGGUGCCAGGUUAUGAGUGAGGCAUUGACUUGUGUGAGACCCGGGUACCAGGUAAUGAGUGAGGCAUUGACUUAUGUGAAACCUGGGUCCCAGGUUAUAAGUGAGGCAUUGACUUAUGUGAGACCAGGGUACCAGGUAAUGAGUGAGACAUUGACUUAUGUGAGAUCAGGGUACCGGGUAAUGAGUGAGGCAUUGACUUAUGUGAGACCUGGGUACCAGGUAAUGAGUGAGGUAUUGACUUAUGUGAGACCUGGGUACCAGAUGAGUGAGACAUUGACUUGUGUGAGACCUGGGUACCAGAUAAUGAGUGAGGCAUUGACUUAUGUGAGACCUGGGUACCAGGUAAUGAGUGAGGCAUUGACUUAUGUGAGACCUGGGUACCAGAUAAUGAGUGAGACAUUGACUUAUAUGAGAUCAGGGUACCUGGGAAUGAGUGAGACAUUUACUUAUGUGAGAUCAGGGUACCAGGCUAUGAGUGAGGCAUUGACUUAUAUGAGAUUGGGGGGCCUGGUAAUGAGUGAGACAUUGACUUAUGUGAGGUCAGGGUGCAAGGUAAUGAGUGAGGCAUUGACUUAUGUGAGAUCAGGGUGCCAGGUAAUGAGUGAGGCAUUGACUUAUAUGAGACCUGGGUACCAGGUAAUGAGUGAGACAUUGACUUAUGUGAGAUCAGGGUGCCAGAUAAUGAGUGAGGCAUUGACUUAUGUGAGAUCAGGGUACCAGGUAAUGAGUGAGACAUUGACUUAUGUGAGAUCAGGGUGCCAGGUAAUGAGUGAGGCAUUGACUUAUGUGAGAUUGACUUAUGUGGGAUCAGGGUGCCAGGUAAUGAGUGAGGCAUUGACUUUUGUGAGACCCGGGUACCAGGUUAUGAGUGAGGCAUUGACUUAUAUGAGAUUGACUUAUGUGAGAUCAGGGUACCAGAUAAUGAGUGAGACAUUGACUUAUGAGAGAUCAGGGUACCAGGUAAUGAGUGAGACAUUGACUUAUAUGAGACCUGGGUACCAGGUAAUGAGUGAGACAUUGACUUAUGUGAGAUUAGGGUACCAGGUAAUGAGUGAGACAUUGACUUAUGUGAGACCUGGGUACCAGAUAAUGAGUGAGGCAUUGACUUAUAUGAGAUCAGGAUGCCAGGUAAUGAGUGAGGCAUUGACUUAUAUGAGAUCAGGGUGCCAUUAAUGAGUGAGGCAUUGACUUAUGUGAGACCAGGGUACCAGGUAAUGAGUGAGGCAUUGACUUAUAUGAGAUCAGGGUACCAGGUAAUGAGUGAGGCAUUGACUUAUAUGAGAUCAGGGUGCCAGGUAAUGAGUGAGGCAUUUACUUAUAUGAGACCAGGGUACUUGGUAAUGAGUGAGGCAUUGACUUAUGUGAGAUUGACUUAUGUGAGAUCAGGGUGCCAGGUAAUGAGUGAUGCAUUGACUUAUAUGAGAUUAGGGGGCCAGGUAAUGAGUGAGGCAUUGACUUAUAUGAGGUUGGGGGGCCAGGUAAUGAGUGAGGCAUUGACUUAUAUGAGAUUGGGGGGCCAGGUAAUGAGUGAGGCAUUGACUUAUGUGAGAUUGACUUAUAUGAGAUCAGGGUGCCAGGUAUGAGUGAGGCAUUGACUUAUGUGAGAUCAGGGUGCCGGGUAAUGAGUGAGACAUUGACUUAUUUGAGAUCAGGGUGCCAGGUAAUGAGUGAGGCAUUGACUUAUAUGAGAUCAGGGUUCCAGGUAAUGAGUGAGACAUUGACUUAUGUGAGAUCAGGGUGCCAGGUAAUGAGUGAGGCAUUGACUUAUGUGAGAUCUGGGUGCCAGGUAAUGAGUGAGGCAUUGACUUAUGUGAGAUCAGGGUGCCAGGUAAUGAGUGAGGCAUUAACCUAUGUGAGACCCGGUUACUUGGUAAUGAGUAAGGCAUUGACUUAUAUGAGAUUGGUGGGGGCCAGGUCAUUUACCCAAAUUUAUUUACUUGUUUGUAUGGUGCCUACAGGUCUUGCAAAACCAUUUAAAAGCAGGCUAAAUGUGGUCAAAUCAAGUUAUUUUGGUUUACUGAUUUUAUCAAUAAAUCAUAUUUUGAAAUUUAAAUGGAUUGUAUCAGGAAAUAUGCAUCUUUGUGGAGAAAACUAAUAUGGCAGUGAGCUUUAUGCGUCAAUACAUCAAAAUACCUUUACAAUUUAUAUGUACCUCUCUCUGGAAAAAUGGGGCUUCAUGCAUGUUUGUAAGGUAUCACAUGCAUUGAGCCUAGUUUUCACAGGGUGUUGCUCAAAUAUAUUUAAGCUGGAUUAACAAACAAAUGUUUAUCUCCAUAGUACAAAAAUAAAUCUUAAGUUUCUAUCUUCAAAAUGUUGCUUCAGGCUAAUAUUUGUCCAAAUGAGCACUCAAGCUUAAAGCCAUAAAUGUAAGGCCAUUUUUCAA